AUAUCAUUAAACAGACUAUGGCAACAUCUGUGUAUUAGUUAAAGCCUAAAUUAAGGCAUGUUGUUUACCUUUCUUUAAGGAAUGAUGUUUACCUAAAAAGUCAUCCAAUUAGGUAAGCAAAGUGCCUUAAAAUAAGGUAAAAAAACAUGUUUCUUUAGGUAAACAACAAUUGAAAAACUAGCUAGAUACAAACAAUGACAUAGGAACAAACAAUAUGAACUAUUUCAACAACAAUUGAAAAAAUUGAAGCUUUCUGACCUUUAGGCCAGUCAGCCAAAAUUGAAACAUUAAUUUUGAAUUUUAAGACUUUUGCGUGUGUAGAAGUAAUAUUAUUUUUGUUGAGUUUUUGUGGUUAUUAGAUGGAUUAUUUGCCAUAUGAAGUUGUAGUACACUUCACUACUUACGAAACUUACAUGAAAUAUAAUUUUUUGUGACAUGGUUGUAUUUUGUCGUUCAAGUGCAGGGUAUGGCGAGAAAAUAUAACAGGAAGUACAAAAAAAGAAAAUCAUCAACACCUUAUCAAAAGGGACAGACUUUUUCCAAGGUUAUGCCAAAGGGUGCUGCUAAAAAUACAACAUUUAGUACCAAUGAAGAAGGUGUUUUUUUAUAAGGUGUGUUUUAAUUUGUCUGAACAUUAAAUUUGAUCUUUAAUUUUGUUUUUCUUGUUUAUUUAUUGUUUUCUUCAUAAAUAUUUUAACAUUUUUAUAUAUUUAUCUUCCCUCUUAUAUCUUUAACAAGAAAUUACUGAGAAUAUAAAGGAAGUCACUGAUAAUAGAAAAGAGCUUUCUGAGAAUAGAAAGGAGCUUUCUGAGAAUAGGAAGGAGCUUUCUGAGAACAAGAUAGAGUAUUCUGAGCGUAGGAAAGAAAUUUCUAUUCUUGGAAAAAAAUUAGAUGAGAUUCGUGAAAAUAUUAAUGAUCUCGUUGGAAUGAAAGAUGAUGCCAAACGUGUCGAAGAUCUUCUCCGAGCAUUGUGUAAUCAACGAGAGAAGGACAUAGAAAGAACUAAAGUGGAAGAGAAAAAAUUGGCUGCACAAAAGGACUUGGAGGAGUGCAUCAAUGAUUUAAAAUCCGGAGUCCAUCAAUUUUAAAAGCUGUCAUACAAGUAUAAACUAUUAAUUUUCAUUUACCUUUAUGCAUCUUUUAUGUGUUUUCAAUUUUUUUUUUCUAUUUUCUUUUUUUAAUGAUAUAUGACUAACAUAAAUUUUACCUAUGUAGGAUGACAAUAAAUUCUUUUAUCAAAAGCGACCGAAAAUUCCCAAGAGAAAAAGAUCUAAUGAAGAUAAAAAAGUACAAAAGUCGUAUUUUUCGGUAACGAGCAAGGAGGACAUGACUUCCGUCUAUUAUUCUUCAAGUGCAGAAAUUCCACCAACAAUUAUUGCUUCACCACCUUCGUUUUCAACACUUGUUGAAACAACUAUAAUCAAAGGAAAUGAUAUACAUCCCAAUCGUGAUCCUCCAGUCGACUCCCAUCCAAAUUAUGUUGAUAUUUCUCCAACAUUUUUGACACCAGAAAAGAAGAUAAAUUGUUUCUCAGGCAACUUUCCAUUUGAUAGUGAUUUGAAGCUAUGCCUUCAAAGGAAGUAGCUGAUGCUUUCUUAGAGUGGUAUUCAAAAGGCAUGAACAUGAAACGCAAGAAUUCUCCAUCUUCUCCUCCAUUUGUUGGAAAAAAUGACAUUAUCACUUUUCAAAGUGGAAAGAAGUUCAAAUUGGGUACAACACGUGUUACAAGGAAGAGGUGGUUCUUCGAUAUAUAUGAUGCUAAAGGUCUUUUAUCAGAUGCACAUGUUGAUACAUCUCUGUAUUAUUUGCGAAAGAAAGCAUUAUACCAUAGAUGUUGCCCUUCAUUUUUGAAAUGCACUACAACAAGUUGUCUUUUUGAUUUCUACAUGGGUCAAGUUUGUAGGGAUGUUAGUUCAUUGGAUGAAAUUCAUUUAAGGAAGAUAUUUUCAGAUAUAAAAAAGUUUGACCAAGGUGAGAUUAUGAAGCAUCUGUGCCAUUCAAUAAAAAUCUUGAUUAAUAUGAUUAAAGGAGAUUGUAUAGAGUUUUCGAUGCCAUGGGUGGAUCUUAAUCAUGUUUUUAUGCCAUUGUGUCUUCAAGGAGGUAUUUCUUUAGCUCAUUGGUUCCUAGGUGUUUUAGGAAUAGAUGAAAGAAUUAUCUAUAUCUAUGACUCAUUUUAUAAGGCCAAUGAUGAAGCUAUAAAAAAUUAUGUGAGAAACUACUGCAAAGUUCUUCCAUUCAUUCUUGAGCAUUUGGGAUUUCAUCAAAAACGUAAACAAUACGCUGUUGGUCAUGAAGAAUUCAAGUUAGUUUGGAUUGAUGCUCCUCACCAAGGAAACUAAACUGAUUGUGGCGUUUACCUCAUCAAAUUUGUUGAAUUAUUGAUGAUGGGGGAGUCUCACUUCCGUAUUAGCCAAAACAAUGUUGAAGACAUGAGAAGAAAAAUGGCCAUAGAAUUUUGGGACCAUGCAUGCAUCAAAUUGAUUGAUGAUUGUAAAACUCCAUCAGUUCAAAUAUGCAAAUAUGAUCAGUGAGAGUGUUUCCAGAUGGUUCAUUUUCGUGUUGGUUUAGUGAAAAUUAUCUAACAGAACAGAUUUCAAUUUCUAGUUUCAAACCGAUUAGUUGUUUGAGUUGUUGGACAGAUGUAAAUUUUCUAUUUCUAGUUUUAAACAACCAUGGUUAGUUUUGUCUGUUAGUUUUGUUUACCUUUUUUAAGGAAUAAUGUUUGUCUAGAAAGAUUUCUAAUAUUAGAUAAGUAACAUGCCUUAAAAUAA